AUGGCUGUCCAGCCCACUGUAGGUGGCAUCAUCCGUAGGCAGCAAAACGGUGUGCAGUGCUCCGGGGCUGCGAGGCACUGUGAGGAAGAGGCACUGCCAGCGCCGCCCGGGGACCCGUUACAGCAGAAGGGUUACGGGCAGGUAAAGCGGGAAACAGGUCGAAGCAGCUCCAGAGCAGUGUGCACCGACUGCAGCAUCGAGUCUGAUCCUUCCAGGGCAUCAGUAAAUAGGGGAACUUUCAUACGUGACGAGUGUUGCAGUGUUCAUCGGAGUCUGGGGCACCAUAUCUCCCAAGUGAGGCAUCUUAAAUACACACCAUGGCCUCCAACCCUGCUCCAGAUGGUUGAGACCUUGUACAACAAUGGUGCUGAUUCUAUAUGGGAACAUUCUUUGCUGGACCCUGCUUCUGUUAUGAGUGGGAGACGGAAAGCUAAUCCACAGGAUGAAGUCCACCCCGAUAUAGCAGAAUUCAUCAGAACCAAGACUCAGAUGUUAAAGUCUGUCCACCGACUGCCCUGCUGUGAGGACGACAGCAUGACGGCCAAAGAUCUCAGUAAGCAACUCCAUUCAAGAGUCCUGAGAACAGGGAAUCUUGAGACCUGUCUGAGACUGUUGUCUUUAGGAGCCCAAGCCAACUUCUUUCAUCCUGAAAAAGGAAGUACUCCACUCCACAUCGCCUCCAAAGCAGGACAGAUCUUACAGGCUGAAUUACUGUCAGUGUUUGGAGCUGACCUGGGCACUCAAGAUUCUAGUGGGAAGACUCCUGUUGAUUAUGCAAGGCAAGGAGGGCGCUAUGAGCUGGCAGAACACCUCAGAGAAAUACAGUACGAGCUGACUGACAGACUGGUCUUCCACCUCUGUGACUGGAAACCAGAUCAUAAAAACGGACAGCACUUUAUAAUCCCACAGAUGGCACACAGCCUGGAUUUGUCAGAGUUGGCAAAAGCUGCAAAGAAACUGCAAUCUCAUCAGCAGCAAGAGCUGCAUCACCAUACUGCUACAGUCUUAGCCUUCAUUAUCAUGAUUAUCACCUCCAUCAGCAUCACCAUCAAAGGGUGA